AUGUUGCGACGCACAAAAAGAUCGCCAACGGCUUGCUCCUGGUGUCGUCAUCGCAAAGUGCGCUGCGAUGCAUCAAUACUCGGCUCUCCUUGUACCCGGUGUCGACAAGACGGUCGCAGUGAAUGUGUUCUUCGCGUUCAGAAUCCUAAGCAGUCACCAAAGUCGGCACACCCAGGGCUUCCCACGCAGCGAAGUUUAACGUCAAGCACCGGCCGGCAUUCCGACGACCGGCGCCAGUCAAAGGGUGAUCAAACUCUUACCUCACAGCUCCGUGAACAUCGCCUCAGUUCCGAUGAACGUAGUACAAGCCCACCCGAUUCCCCCAAUGUUCCGUACACCGAAUACCCAUUUGUCGAGUCUCAGCAAUUGCUGUCGCUCCCCUCCGAAGAUAUAGCACUUCUCACAUCGAAAGACUGUUUAAGCUUGCCACCCUCCGAUGUAAUCGACGAGUUCUUUGAACAGUACUUUAAGCACAUGCAUCCACUGAUCCCUGUCCUAGACGAGGCUGAGUUCUGGCGCAUUUAUCGAAACAACCAAUCUGCAAGUCCGAAAAUAUCUCUUUUUGUGUUGCAAUCAUUGCUUUGCGCAAGCUGUCCGUUUGUACCUUUGAAAAUAUUGCGCCAAUGUGGAUUUGAUAAUAGGAGGGAAGCACGAAAGAAGCUGUACAACAGAGCCAAAAUAUUAUUCGAAAAGCGAACCGAAGAACGGUCUCAUGCGAACGCGCAAGGCGCUGUUUUGCUUACAAAUUAUACCUCUGCGGACGACCCCCAGUCCGGAAGUUUGUGGGUCACAAGGGCCAUCGAACACGCUAUGCUCAUUGACGCUCAGUCAUCCUUGGGGGAAAAUGUGGCAAUAUCACUGAAGAAACGGCUUUGGUGGUCUAUCCUUCUUCGGGACCGAAGCUUGUCUAUUGGCCUACGCCGCCGUCCUCAGGUGACAUCAACCAGCUUACAUGGAUGGAGUGACUGGCUGAGUACAGAGGAUUUCAGUGAAGAGUUGCAUCAAUCUCAAGUCUACGACUAUGAUACAAAAAAGUGCUUACUGGAGGCACUUCAAAAGCAAUGUGAGCUAGCAGUGCUACUCACAGAUCUGGUGACUUUGGCAUUCACCCACCAAAAGACUCCAAGACGGCUCCUGUCUAUGAUUGAAUUCCAGGGCCUCUUGUUGAGUAUAAAAAAAAUCAAAAAGUCCCUCAAUGAGUGGGAACUACCAAAACAGCCUCUAGGCGCACCAAGCAACAGAUCAAGGUCAGAAGGAAAUGACGCAGUUGAAAGGUUGACCAACAUGACUUAUAUGUACUACCAUGCAGCACAAGUGAAUCUGGCUCAAUAUGCAGCAUUUAUACUGGAAGAAAACGUAUUUUACGCGGGAGACAAAUACAACAAUAUGGUGCUAGAGAUCAGCAAUGACUUGCGGGAUGGGGUUGAGGGCUUGAGUCUCGUGAUGGAACAUUUCAGUAUCAAUGGAUAUGCUGAUAUUCUUCCCUUGAGUGUGCUUGGAUACGUUAGCAUGCCCCUCGUACUGGCAGCCAUAGACCUCAAACUUUCCCCUUCUCAGAAGGAGACGGAGGCCAGACAACGACGCUUGAACUCGCUGAGUCAAAUUAUCCGUCACUCAGAGACAUUGUACGAUGUCACUGAUCGCGUCGCCGUCGCGACCAACUACCUCUUGCAGCUUGCCUAUGUGACAACACAGAACCUCCCCCUGGCACAGAAACCACCCCAAUUGCCUUCCUCAGACAACGUUGUGACCGAGCACUCGUUAUCCAGCAAUCAACACUCAGCUAGAUCAUUCAAUAAACCAAUGUCGUCCAGAACCAACCACCCAACGAGCUGGCAAGAUGCGUUCAUUCGGUGCCCGAGGGCAUAUCUUUUGAUAUCAACGUCUGUGGACUACACUAUGGCAAUUGGGAAUCUGCCAUCCGCAAAUGUUCUUCCUGAAAUUUUACGCGACCUUCCAGCAAUGGGCAUUAUUGCUAGACUCCCCUGGACAUCUGAGACUCCAUUCUCGCAGUCCACGAACUCACUUGUAAGCCGUAUGAACCAAAUACAGCGGCAGAGUUACCCUACAAGCAUGUUUUCAUCCUCCAUUGAAUGGAUAGAUGCCUUGGAGCCCAUCAACAUUGAGACCGAGCUAGAGAAGAAUCUCACCCCGCAAAGGGUCCAAAUCAACUACAACUCGUCACCAGAUGAAUUUCCUGGGUAUCCUGCAAACCCCUCCGUGAUGAUGGAGAACCAAGUGCGAUACAUCAACGGAGUAACGGAGCAGAUGACUUAUGAAAAUACUGCACCGAACCUGGAUUUCAUGGACUUUGGAGAUUGCCACAGUGCAUCAAACAAUGUGAGGGAAAAGUGUGCCUUGAGGAUUCCAUUGGAACUUAUUGGUCACGACUUACAGGCCGAGAGUCCAUUGGAACAACAAGUGCCUGAUACCUAUGGUGCCACAUUACCCCAGUCAAUUAAAGCAAUUGACUCGACACUUUUUGAUGCGUUCUUUCACUCAGGAUUCGAACAGAACUGGGACGUUCAAUAG